ACUGGAGCAUAUACCCCUGGUGCCUAUGGUACUGGUUCUACAGGUUCCACUAAAUUCACUUCAUCUGUGACCGGUGCUGGUGCUGGAACAGGAACUGGAGCGUUCCGUCCUGGUUCUACAGGUUCUACAAAGCAUACUUCUACUACAUUCACUUCAUCUGGUAUUGGAGCAGGAACUGGAGCUGGAGCAGGAAGUGGAGCAUUUGGUCCUGGUUCUACUGGUUCCACUAGGCACACUUCCACGAGACUCACUUCAUCAGGUACUGGAGCAUUUGGCCCUAGUUCUACUGGUUCUACUAAGCACACUUCCACGAGACUCACUUCAUCUGGAACUGGGACAUUUGGUCCUGGUUCUACUGGUUCUACUAAGCACACUUCCACGAGACUCACUUCAUCAGGAACUGGAGCAUUUGGUCCUGGUUCUACUAAGCACACUUCCACGAGACUCACUUCAUCAGGAACUGGAGCAUUUGGUCCUGGUUCUACUGGUUCUACUAAGCACACUUCCACGAGACUCACUUCAUCAGGAACUGGUGCUGGCUCUGGAACAGGAACUGGAGCAUAUACUCCUGGCGCCUAUGGUCAAGGUUCUACAGGUUCCACCAAGCAUACCUCUAGUUCAUUCACGUCAUCCGGAAUUGGUGCUGGUUCUGGAACAGGAACGGGAACGUUCCGUCCUGGUUCUGCUGGUUCUACAAAGCAUAGCUCUACUACAUUCACUUCCUCUGUGAGUGGAACUGGUUCUGGAGCAGGAACUGGAGCAUUAGGUACUGGUUCUACUAGUUCCACUAGACUCACUGGUGCUGGCUCUGGUGCGUUUCGUCCUGGUUCUACAAAGCAUAGUUCUACUACAUUCACUUCAUCUGUGAGUGGAACUGGUUCUGGAGCAGGAACUGGAGCAUUAGGUACUGGUUCUACUGGUUCCUCUAGACUCACUGGUGCUGGUUCUGGAGCGUUCCGUCCUGGUUCUACUGGUUCCACCAAACACACGUCUACAACAUUCACUUCAGGCAUUGGAGCAGGAUCUGGAUCUGGAACUGGUGCAUUUGGUUCAGGUUCUACUGGUUCCACUAAGCACACUUCCACUAGACUCACUACAUCUGGAACUGGUGCAGGCUCUGGAACAUUUGGCCCUGGUUCUACUGGUUCCACUAAGCAUACUUCCACUAGACUCACUACAUCAGGAACUGGUGCAGGCUCUGGAGCAUUUGGUCAAGGUUCUACUGGUUCCACUAGACUCACUUCAGCAGGAGCCGGUGCGAGCUUUGGAGCAGGAACUGGAGUACAUACUUCUGGCGCCUACGGUCCUGGUUCUACUGGUCCCACCAAACACACGUCUACCAAAUUCACUUCAUCUGUUACAGGAACCGGUUCUGGAACAGGAACUGGAGCAUCUGGUCUUGGUUCUACUGGUUCUACGAAGCAUUCUUCUACUACAUUCACAUCAUCUGGAAUUGGAGCAGGAGCUGGAGCAGGAGCUGGAGCAGGAACUGGAGCAUUCGGCACUGGUUCUACUGGUUCCACCAGACACACAUCUACUACAUUCACAUCAUCUGGAACUGGCGCUGGUUCUGGAACGGGAAGCGGAGCAUUUGGUCCUGGUUUUACUGGUUCCACUAAGCACACUUCCACGAGACCCACUUCAUCAGGAACUGGAACAUAUGGCCCUGGUUCUACUGGUUCCACUAAACAUACUUCCACAAGACUUACUUCAUCAGGAACUGGAGCAUUUGGUCCUGGUUCUACUGGUUCUACUAAGCACUCUUCCACGAGACUCACCUCAUCAGGAACUGGUGUUGGUGCUGGAACAGGAAGUGGAGCAUUUGGUCCUGGUUCUACUGGUUCUACUAGACUCACCUCAUCAGGAACUGGUGUUGGCUCUGGAACAGGAAGUGGAGCAUUUGGUCCCGGCUCUACUGGUUCUACGAAGCAUUCUUCUACUACAUUCACAUCAUCUGGAACUGGAGCAGGAAGUGGAACAUUUGGCCCUGGUUCCAGUGGUUCCACCAAACACACAUCUACUACAUUUACGUCAUCCGUGACUGGAGCUGGUUCUGGAUCGGGGACAGGAUUUACCGCUCCCGGUACUACUGGUUCCACCAAACACACAUCUAUUAGAUUUCCAUCAUCUGGAACUGGCACCGGGUCUGGAACCGGUACUGGAUCAUAUACCCCUGGUGCCUAUGGUACUGGUUCUACAGGUUCCACUAAAUUCACUUCAUCGGUGACCGGUGCUGGUGCUGGAACAGGAACCGGAGCGUUCCGUCCUGGUUCUACAGGUUCUACAAAGCAUACUUCUACUACAUUCACAUCAUCUGGUAUUGGAGCAGGAGCUGGAGCAGGAACUGGAGCAUUUGGUCCUGGUUCUACUGGUUCCACCAGACAAACAUCUACUACAUUUACAUCAUCUGGAACUGGCGCUGGUUCUGGAACGGGAAGCGGAGCAUUUGGUCCUGGUUCAACUGGUUCCACUAGGCACACUUCCACGAGACUCACCUCAUCCGGAACUGGAGCAUUUGGUCCUGGUUCUACUGGUUCUACUAAGCACACUUCCACGAGACUCACUUCAUCAGGAACUGGUGCUGGCUCUGGAACAGGAACUGGAGCAUAUACUCCUGGCGCCUAUGGUCAAGGUUCUACAGGUUCCACCAAGCAUACCUCUAGUUCAUUCACGUCAUCCGGAAUUGGUGCUGGUUCCGGAACAGGAACGGCAACGUUUCGCCCUGGUUCUACUGGUUCUACAAAGCAUAGUUCUACUACAUUCACUUCAUCUGUGAGUGGAACUGGUUCUGGAGCAGGAACUGGAGCAUUAGGUACUGGUUCUACUGGUUCCUCUAAACUCACUGGUGCUGGUUCUGGAGCGUUCCGUCCUGGUUCUACUGGUUCCACCAAACACACGUCUACAACAUUCACUUCAGGCAUUGGAGCAGGAUCUGGAUCUGGAACUGGUGCAUUUGGUUCAGGUUCUACUGGUUCCACUAGACUCACUUCAGCAGGAGCCGGUGCGAGCUUUGGAGCAGGAACUGGAGUACAUACUUCUGGCGCCUACGGUCCUGGUUCUACUGGUCCCACCAAACACACGUCUACCAAAUUCACUUCAUCUGUGACAGGAACCGGUUCUGGAACAGGAACUGGAGCAUCUGGUCUUGGUUCUACUGGUUCUACGAAGCAUUCUUCUACUACAUUCACAUCAUCUGGAAUUGGAGCAGGAGCUGGAGCAGGAACUGGAGCAUUCGGCACUGGUUCUACUGGUUCCACCAGACACACAUCUACUACAUUCACAUCAUCUGGAACUGGCGCUGGUUCUGGAACGGGAAGCGGAUCAUUUGGUCCUGGUUUUACUGGUUCCACUAAGCACACUUCCACGAGACUCACUUCAUCAGGAACUGGAACAUAUGGCCCUGGUUCUACUGGUUCCACUAAACAUACUUCCACAAGACUUACUUCAUCAGGAACUGGAGCAUUUGGUCCUGGUUCUACUGGUUCUACUAAGCACACUUCCACGAGACUCACCUCAUCAGGAACUGGUGUUGGCGCUGGAACAGGAAGUGGAGCAUUUGGUCCUGGUUCUACUGGUUCUACUAGACUCACCUCAUCAGGAACUGGUGUUGGCUCUGGAACAGGAAGUGGAGCAUUUGGUCCCGGCUCUACUGGUUCUACGAAGCAUUCUUCUACUACAUUCACAUCAUCUGGAACUGGAGCAGGAAGUGGAACAUUUGGCCCUGGUUCCAGUGGUUCCACCAAACACACAUCUACUACAUUUACGUCAUCCGUGACUGGAGCUGGUUCUGGAUCGGGUACAGGAUUUACCGCUCCCGGUACUACUGGUUCCACCAAACACACAUCUAUUAGAUUUCCAUCAUCUGGAACUGGCACCGGGUCUGGAACCGGUACUGGAUCAUAUACCCCUGGUGCCUAUGGUACUGGUUCUACAGGUUCUACAGGUUCCACUAAAUUCACUUCAUCGGUGACCGGUGCUGGUGCUGGAACAGGAACCGGAGCGUUCCGUCCUGGUUCUACAGGUUCUACAAAGCAUACUUCUACUACAUUCACAUCAUCUGGUAUUGGAGCAGGAGCUGGAGCAGGAACUGGAGCAUUUGGUCCUGGUUCUACUGGUUCCACCAGACAAACAUCUACUACAUUUACAUCAUCUGGAACUGGCGCUGGUUCUGGAACGGGAAGCGGAACAUUUGGUCCUGGUUCAACUGGUUCCACUAAACAUACUUCCACAAGACUUACUUCAUCAGGAACUGGAGCAUUUGGUCCUGGUGCUACUGGUUCUACUAAGCACUCUUCCACGAGACUCACUUCAUCAGGAACUGGUGUUGGCUCUGGAACAGGAAGUGGAGCAUUUGGUCCCGGCUCUACUGGUUCUACGAAGCAUUCUUCUACUACAUUCACAUCAUCUGGAACUGGAGGAGGAAGUGGAGCAUUUGGCCCUGGUUCCAGUGGUUCCACCAAACACACAUCUACUACAUUUACGUCAUCCGUGACUGGAGCUGGUUCUGGAUCGGGGACAGGAUUUACCGCUCCCGGUACUACUGGUUCCACCAAACACACAUCUAUUAGAUUUCCAUCAUCUGGAACUGGCACCGGGUCUGGAACCGGUACUAGAGCAUAUACCCCUGGUGCCUAUGGUACUGGUUCUACAGGUUCUACAGGUUCCACUAAAUUCACUUCAUCGGUGACCGGUGCUGGUGCUGGAACAGGAACUGGAGCGUUCCGUCCUGGUUCUACAGGUUCUACAAAGCAUACUUCUACUACAUUCACUUCAUCUGGUAUUGGAGCAGGAACUGGAGCAGGAACUGGAGCAUUUGUUCCUGGUUCUACUGGUUCCACGAGACACACAUCUACUACAUUUACAUCUGGAACUGGCGCUGGUUCUGGAACGGGAAGCGGAGCAUUUGGUCCUGGUUCAACUGGUUCCACUAAGCACACUUCCACGAGACUCACCUCAUCAGGAACUGGAGCAUUUGGUCCUGGUUCUACUGGUUCUACUAAGCACACUUCCACGAGACUCACUUCAUCCGGAACUGGUGCUGGCUCUGGAACAGGAACUGGAGCAUAUACUCCUGGCGCCUAUGGUCAAGGCUCUACAGGUUCCACCAAACACACUUCAACUAAAUUCACUUCUUCCGUGACUGGGGCUGGUGCUGGAGCGGGAGCUGGAUCACUCUCUACAAGUACCGGUGGUCAUGGUUCUGUAACUCGACACUCUUCUUCAGCACAGCAUGGUUUCACUAGUACAAGACACAGUUCAAGUUCCUUCAGUUCAUCUGGUGGUACAGGCCACGGUUCUAGUGGUAGCUUUGGUACCUUUGGAUCUGCUCUUUCACCUAUUUCUGGGUUGGGAGUUAGUGGUGGAAGUCACAGCUCCAAGAUUGGUGGUUCUGUUCAUGGCUCUAAAAGGCCCGGCAGCAGUGGUGUAGGUCAUGGAUCUUCAGGAUUCACUUCUCAUUCCUUCGUGGCUUCCAACUACGGACCAGGCCACGAUGGAUUCUGCCCGGAAGUCACCAACAAAUGCACUGGCCCCAAACCCAAGUUAUGUAACAACGACAGCGCCUGUGAGCCCGACGAGAAGUGUUGUUUUGACACUUGCUAUUUCUAUGGUAAAACUGAACAUUUUGUGUGUAAGCGUUCCCUCACAAAGCCCCCUGGAUGGUAGCCUCGAGUGUGGCACUCCUCUGAGAUUGGCUGUUCGCCUGGCACCGUGUCCAGCCUCCUCUACUCGCCGCUUGUUCCUUUGAUAUCAACCAUUUCUGCUGCUAUUCACUAAAUGAAAUGAUAAAUAGGAAAAUGAAUACAUGAAUAAAAAGGUUAAUCUUUCA